AUGCCCUGACAAACAAAUUAUUCAACAAUGGCGUCGAAUCCCAACCCAGUUUUCGCUUACACGGUCGUGUACGUGAAGGACGUAGCCAAGUCUGUAGCCUUCUACGCCAAAGCAUUUGGUUACAAUGUUCGUCGCUUAGACGAAUCUAACAGAUGGGGAGAGCUCGAGAGCGGUCAGACCACUAUAGCGUUCACUCCGGCUCACCAACACGAGACCGAUGACAUAACUGGUGAGGUCCAGGGCUCUGUGUCAGUCCGUGAACGAGCCCCUAUUGAGGUCUGUUUUGCCUAUUCCGAUGUUGACGCUGCGUACAAGAGGGCAGUGGAACAUGGGGCAGUGCCAGUGAGUGAACCGGAAGACAAAGAAUGGGGACAGAGAGUUGGGUACGUGCGUGAUAACAAUGGGAUUGUAGUGAGGAUGGGAAGUUUUGUCAAACCAGCAAAGCGAGAUUGAGUGGAAUUGCGGUAUUGUCUAUUUUGUUCUGAAUACUGUAGCCUCUCUGGUACCGUUUUCUCUGUUUUGCACUAUGAAGAACAGAGUAUUUUGUGGUUUCUUUUCUUCUAAUGAUGAAUAAAAAUUUUGCUUAUUCAAAGAA